AUGAAACCCAAGGAUGUGAAGAUUGAACACGAAGAGUAUUUAUGGGACAAACUGUACAGAAAGGAAUUUCCGAAAAAAGCCAUUUUUCGUUUCCAAAUCGGGGACGUAGUUCGUAUCGCUCGAAUUCCCACCAGCCUGUUUGAGAAAGGAUCGACUGCCAAAUGGACAGAAGAGAAUUUUGUUGUCGCACAUCGCAGAGCGACAGAGCCACCCACCUAUAAGCUGCAUGACUUACAGCAAGAACUGAUCAAAGGCUCGUUUUAUGAACAUCAGAUGCAGAAAAUUGAGAUGCCAACGGAUGAGCAAACCUAUCACGCCGAUAUUUUAAAACGCCGGAAACGCAAGGGAAAGCUCCAAUUCUUCGUACACUACAGAGGCUGGCCGUCGAGUUUUGACGAAUAA